AUGGCCUGCCUCGGAUACACUGGCGGUGUCCCCAAUCCCACCGAUCACAUCUCCAACAGCAAAGUUAUUGAGGUCAAGGCCGGCCAGGUCUAUGACGGCAAGUGGGCCAAGUAUGAUCGUGGAUCAGGAGCCUGCAAGGGCCAGAAUGAGGGUGGUGACAAGGAUGCCGUGUUCCUGCUUCACGAGGGCGCUACUCUGAAGAACGUCAUCAUUGGCAAGGACCAAUCUGAGGGUGUUCACUGCAAGGGACACUGCACUCUUGAGUUUGUUUGGUUCGAGGAUGUCUGCGAGGACGCCAUUUCCAUCAAGGAAGACAAAGCCGGCAAGGAAUCCUGGAUCAUCGGCGGAGGUGCCUACCACGCCUCAGACAAGGUAGUUCAGCACAACGGCUGCGGCACAGUCAACAUCAUCAACUUCUAUGUCGAAGACUACGGCAAGUUGUACCGAUCCUGCGGCAACUGCAGUAAGCAGUGCAAGCGCAACGUCUACAUCGAGGGUGUCACGGCCAAGAACGGUGGCGAGCUCGCGGGCAUCAACGCCAACUACGGCGACACUGCCACCCUCAAGAACGUCUGCGCCGACACCAAGCAGAAGUGUACUAUGUACAAUGGUUGUGCUGGUGGCUGUGAGCCCAAGAAGAUUGGAGCUUGCCCCGCGUAA